GCCGGAUAACAGGAUGAACGAAAGCUCCAAUUUACAUGAACUUUACCCAUGUAGGCAUUAUGCACAAGAUGGAAGAAAUAUGUCGGGAAAAAGUUAUGGGAAAGUUGGACGGUCAUAUAUUUGGAGAUAUUUAUGUUCACGAGUGUCCGGCAGAGUUAGAUUUGGCAUUGGAACCUUUAGCGCCGAAUGAAGCAAUCAUGAAGUCACUGUGUAUCAACGACGUAAAAGAUAUUCAUGAUCUUUAUCCAGCGGGCGAUAUCGAGAGUUUGGAGCUUUUUGAAAAGCUGGUACGACAACUUCCAGGAUUCGGUGUAUUCAAUCUGACCGACAACGAAUUAGCUGCUUGGAGCUUACAGUCGUAUUACGGAGGAAUGUUUUCAAUGCAAACCAAACCCAAGUUUCGAAGAAAAGGGUAUGGAAUUCAGCUGGCACAGUCUUUAACGAAGUUAGUUAUUCAACGAGGUUACAUACCGUUCGUAGUCAUAAGACCCGAAAAUGAUGCUUCCCGCGGACUCUACACAAAGUUGGGCUUCCGAAAAGCAUUUGAAAGUGUGCGAGGCACCUUUUUGCCAUAUUGUGGCGAAGCAAAUCCAGCAGACGCUCAGGAACAGGACGUAGAAAAAAAUGAUAGAUCAGAAACGUCAAUGGAAAAGCAUUCCAAUGAAGAACACGCCAAUAGUGUGAAUGGAAAUGCAACCGAGAAAGAAAAAAAACGUUGAAUAAUUUUAUGUAUCGAAGAAGCAGAAUAUACUUCACGGAGUAUAUUAUUAUAACACCAGUCCGUUACAAAAGAAUAUAGGGAGUUGCUGGAUGGAUAGGAUGAAGAUAUGGUGAGAAAUUUGGCUAAACAUUUAUAAAUAUAGCAAUUGCAAAUCUGCAAAUCAGCAGCAUCAACAGCAGCAGCAUUUGUCAUAGCCUGAGCCGCAAAUCCUACGCAACCACAACAAAUAAUAACAGUUACUAUCGCAGCGUGUUUUGCAUAACGCAUAUUGCAUAACGUCUCAAGCAAAUGCAAACGAUCUUGAAAUAACUAUUAAAGUGCGCACGUAAAAGAUAUUAAAAAUAGAUAGAGCUCUUAUAUAAAUUUCUAUUCAAUAAACAAGUAUUCU